CUGGCGGAAUAGCUGGGAUCUCAGAUUGAGCUGAGGGAGAGCUGGUGGUGGCAGCGGAUGCGGCUCCUCUGCAGAGCUCAGGGCAUUAUACUUGGAUCCUUGUCCACCAUCUAUUGGAGUACUGCAGAGACCACCAGUCAUACCUAGAAUUGAACGUGGAACAAUUUCUUUCCAGAGAAUAGAGAGGACAAGUUGUACAGAACUCCUACAAGAAAAUUCGGACAGUGGGAAAGAGGAAUUGGACAUGGUGUGGUAAUUACCUAUCAACAGUCAAUAGAGAAUCAUUUACUAUCUGAAAAGACUGCUUCUUCUCCAAGGGACACAUGUUCCAUUACUUCUGAUUUCUUAAAAGGAAUAUGUAGUGUAUCUUCAAUCCCUGUCACACAGUAUGAAAUGUGGUGUCACUUCACAACAGGGCCUGGAUAACAAAGCAACCUUCAAAAUAAGUGACAAAAGAGAAGACUCGCAGACUGACUUUUUCUAAUAAACAAAAUGAAUCGUGCAUUUAGCAGAAAGAAAGAUAAAUCGUGGAUGCACACUCCUGAAGCUUUAUCAAAACACUUCAUUGCCUACAAUGCUAAAUUCCUUGGAAGCACAGAGGUUGAACAACCUAAAGGCACUGAAAUAGUGAGAGAUGCAGUUAGAAAACUCAAGUUUGCAAGACAUAUUAAAAAGUCAGAAGGCCAGAAAACUCCAAAGGUGGAACUUCAAAUAUCAAUAUACGGAGUCAAAAUUCUUGAACCAAAAACAAAGGAAGUCCUGCACAAUUGCCAGUUACACAGGAUAUCGUUUUGUGCCGAUGAUAAAACAGACAAGCGGAUUUUUACAUAUAUAUGCAAGGAUUCGGAGUCAAAUAAGCACUUGUGCUAUGUGUUCGAUAGUGAGAAAUGUGCUGAGGAGAUAACAUUAACAAUUGGACAAGCGUUUGAUCUGGCUUACAGAAAAUUUCUCGAGUCUGGAGGAAAAGAUGUUGAAACACGAAAACAAAUAGCAGGCCUGCAGAAAAGGAUUCAGGAAUUAGAAACAGAAAAUACCGAACUGAAAUACAAAGUACAAGAUUUGGAAAAUCAGUUAAGAAUACGUGAUCUAACUUCCUCACCUCUACUUCAUGCAUGGUCGAGCUAUGAGCAAAGUGUGGUUGAGAGAUCCGCUACAUUUUUCUGGUGUGAUAAUGAGCCUUCCGUUCCACACUUAGAUAUCUGCUCUAUUGCAUUCACCCCCAUGAGUUCUCCUGAGUCUAGAUUCUCAACAGGACUGCAUCUCAAUCCUCCACCUUCCAAAAACAAUAAUCCAAAAGCAAACAGUGAAUACUGCAUUCCAAGACCUCAUCCUGGCAGCGUGUCUCCUAAAUCUCCGUCCAUGGAUAUCUUUGACAUGGUUCCAUUUGCAUCAGUGUCCCCAGAGUCGACCACCCCUACAAGGAAUGGUACUCAGCUUCCACCUAUACCGAGCAGAUCAACAGAGAUCAAAAAGGAUCUAUUUGGGGCUGAACCAUUCGAUCCAUUUUGCUGUGCAGUGAGUGAUUUCCCUCCUGAUAUUCAGUCCAAACUAGAUGAGAUGCAGGAGGGGUUCAAAAUGGGACUGACAGUAGAAGGAACUGUGUUUUGCCUUGAUCCUAUGGAUAACAGAAGUUGAAGCUAUGGAUACAAGGAGCCACGGGCCUGGCCCCUUUCUUUUCACAUAUGUGCCAAAAUAUGAGAAUAUUUCUUGUCUCGCCUCGGAAAAAGUUCUGCAAGAUACGUGAACAGACUGCAUUUAAAACUUUCAUAAAGUUGGUGGUGCAUCAAAAAUGGAACCAUCAAACUUUUUCCUAUGCAGAAAACAGAAUUUAAAUCCUUGUAUACUGACAUAAUGCCUGUUUAUAGUUAGUUUGUACACAUUUCAAAAAUUGAUGUCACAAAUAACCAUUCAGUAAUUGGCAUUAGCAAAACUCUAGCAACAAUUUGUAAAUAUUUUUACAGUUUUAAGCAGAGCUUAUUCAGAUGUACACGGAUGAGUUUUUACAAAUGAUGGUUUUUGUUUUUUUGUUACUUUUAUGUAUUUAAAUCAUUGUCUGUGUAAUAAUUAAUAUUUUUAUACUGGAAAAUAUUUCUAUCUCUGGUAAAUCUUCCACUGGCAGUAGAGUGGUACGUAGUUUGUAGGUAAUGGAACAAUAAAAUGGUUUUGAUUUGAAUACAAAUACCAAAUUGUGUAAACUCCCAUUUGUGUGCAUGCACAACACAGAAACUGUGUGCAUUCACCUAACAUCUCUUUUUAAACCCAAUGUAUCUAUAUUUUGUUUUAUUUAGAUUCAAGACAUAUACUGGAACAUUUAUUAGCCCUCAUUUCUCUUUUCCGGUGGGCAGGAAUAAUGGAAUUUGUGCUGUAAUGGUGAAGCUUUUUCACAAUGUGUACCAGAGCAUAGGAAACUUAAAGGGGUUGUAAAGGAAUUUUUUUUCCUUUACAACCCCAUUAACAAUAAGAUAUAUAAUGUGACUGCUGCGCUACUAUGAGUAAGUGAACGUGUAAAAAUGAGUGAAGUGAAAGCAAAUGACGUGAAAGCAACUCAAUGUAAAGUGUUCACUGUACACAAAAAAGAUAAAUGGAAUAAUUAAAAAUGAUAAGCGCUAACCACUAAACCAAC